AUGGCCUCUUUAAUGGCCUCCUCGACGGCCUCGAAGGCACCAUAUGUUUGUCUCAAUUGCAGGGUAUCCCGCAGAUUCACCAGAUUCACACCCUCCAUCCGCCGCAAUUUCACCUCGUCCCUCCGCCGCCUGUCAGACGUGGUCCGACCAGCAACAGCACCAAAACCCACCCCGGAUGUCAAACAUAUUCGCCAAAACGCAGAAAUCUACGCGAAAAACUGUUUGGAUCGCAAUUAUGUCACUCAUUCCGAAUACCCGCUCCGGAUUCAGCAAUUGUCCGAGGAGAGUCGGCAGCUCGAUCAUGAUCUCCAAGCUCCGCGGUCCCGCAUAAAGCAGUUAGAGAAGAUGAUUGCGAAAGUGGCUCGGGAGCAGCAGGAAAAUAUGGGACAGGAGGAUCUGACAGCUCUGCGAUCUGAAGCACAGCGGUUGAAAGAUGAAUCGCACGCGAUGAACACCCGGAAAACAAGCUGCGCGGACGAAAUCCAACGUCUCGCUCUCGCCCUCCCCAACCUCUCCUCCUCCGAAACGCCUGUCGGACGCGACCCCAAACUAAUUGGUUAUAUCAAUUUCGACCCUCAAUUCCCCCCCGAAUGGGCCACGCGAUCCUCACCAGACCCCUCCCGCUCCCACGUCGUUAUCGGCACCUCUCUGGGCCUGAUCGAUUUCACUAGCUCCGCCACCACGACUGGCUGGGGAUGGUAUUUCCUUACGAACGAAGGCGCACUUCUCGAACACGCACUAGUCCAGUAUUCAUUGACAGUCGCCCGCCGUCACGGUUGGAAGAUCGUGUCUCCUCCUUCACUCGUCUACUCGUACAUCGCAGAAGCAUGCGGGUUCCAGCCCCGCGACCAGCACAAUGAGCAGCAGAUCUGGACUGUCGAGCAGAGCGAGAAGGAUAAGAACUCGAAACCCCCGCGCUCACUUACCGGCACAGCCGAGAUCCCCCUCGCAGCUAUGUACGCCGGCCGCGACAUCGAGGCUUCCCAACUGCCCGUCAAACUGGUAGGCUCUAGCCGGUGCUACCGUGCCGAAGCAGGAUCUCGAGGCGUCGACACCAAGGGUUUAUACCGAGUCCACGAAUUCACCAAGGUCGAGCUAUUGGGCUGGGCCGACAACAACAACCCCACUCAACCCGAAAUCGACCACCCCUCGACAACCCUCUUCAAUGACCUCCUCACCAUCCAAACCGAAAUCCUCACCUCCCUCAACCUCCCCUGCCGCAUCCUCGAAAUGCCAACCACAGACCUCGGUGCCUCCGCCUCCCGAAAACGCGAUAUCGAGGCCCUUUUCCCCUCCCGCCUGCGCAAUACCUCCGACCUCGAACCCGCCUGGGGCGAAGUCACCUCCGCGUCCAUCUGCACAGACUAUCAGAGUCGAAGACUGGGGACCCGUGUUCGCGGCGGGUCUGCGAAAGAGUCGAGAUUCCCGCAUACGGUUAAUGGGACGGCGAUGGCUGUUCCUAGGGUGUUGGCGGCGAUUUUGGAAAAUGGGUGGGAUGAGAAGAGGGGGGUUGUCGUUGUGCCGGAGGUGUUGAGGGGGUAUAUGGGUGGGUUGGAGGUUAUUGGGAAUCAAUAA